UUAUGAAUAGUAUAUUAAUAAGUAGUAGUUGUGCCUAUCUACAUUUCUUAGUAAAAUGUCUUAGUAAAUAUAAACAAUUUUUGGUAUUUUCAGUUUCAGUUAUUUGUGCUCAACUUUUUAUUCAAAUGAACGUGUCAUCAAAUCCAACAACUUCACAAGCAAAUGAAACUGAAAAUCAGUAUCCAGAAGUAAGAAUUCGUCAAAAUCCACAAACCCAUCAUGUGCAUGCUGGAGAUCAAACUGAACAUAGACCACCCCCAAAUUGGAGAACAAGUAUAAAAAUGGAUGAAAAGCUAACUAUCUGUCGUAUAUAUUAUAUUGCAGGAUUUUUCUUGUUGCCAUUUUUUUGGUUGGUAAAUUUUGUAUGGCAUUAUAAUGAUGCUUACUUAGCUGAACCAUUUGAAGAACAGCCACAAUUUAGGCGCUAUGUUCUGAGAUCAGGUAUUGGCUUCAUUUUUUGGUCUGUGUUACUUAUUGGUUGGGUAUUUUACUUUCAAACACAAAGGAAUUAUUAUAACUGGGACUAUCUAACCUUUAAUUUCCCUACUGGAUCUGCUUAAAUUGAUCGAGGAAUUAACCUGUUCUCUAUUACUUAAGUAUUUUAUUUUUUUAUGUAAUAUUUAAUAACUAUUAAUGUAAAAAAAAUAAAUAAUAUUAAUAUGAUUUUUAUAACAACAAAUAUUAUUAAUUUUUAAUUCCAUACCUACCAAAAUGUUGGAUCAAAUAUUAUUAUUGUA